ACAUGGUUAGUGUUUUAUGCUUGACUGGAGGGAGGGGUCGGACACUUAGGCAGGAAAAAGGAGCCCGGUUUUGUGCUUUUUAAUGUGACAUUCUAAAAGCUAACGGGAACGUCUACACUUUCCAGUUAGAAUGGAAAUUCCAGCCAUAAAUUUGAAGGCCAUAGUGCUAGUCCACUGGCUGCUGACCAUCUGGGGCUGUAUGGCUUCGCUGCCAGCCUCUUAUGCUUGGGGGAACUUCACAAUCCUUGCUGUGGGCGUGUGGGCCAUCGCACAGAGGGACUCCAUUGAUGCUGUGCUAAUGCUCCUGAUUGGGAUGAUUGUGACCAUGGUGACGGACAUGGUUCACAUAGGGCUUUUCUACCCAGUGGGCGAUUCCUUGCCAGAGCGUGCCCGGGACACAUUCCACUUCAGCGUGGGAAUGGCCAUCCUCAGUCUCCUGCUCAAACCCGUGUCCUGCUUCUUUGUCUAUCAAAUGUACCGUGAGAGGGGCGGGGACUACAAUGUCAACUUUGACUUGGAGACCUCAUUGGACAGUCGCUGCACCACGGACAGUUGUGACAGUGCCUUGCUUGGUCGGCGCUACUGAACCCCCCACUCCCUCCUCCCCCCCGCUCCUUUCUCUCAUCUCUUCAUUCAAAGCGCUGUCCUCAGAUGACCUGAGUUCGGCCUUCCCAACUGUCAGCCCUACUGUAUUUAUCAAGUCAGGAUUGCCCAAACACACCCUCAGUCCUCCUCGAAUCAGAAUGAGGGGGCACCUGUGUUCUCAUUGGAACUUUCUUGGUCCUUUCUCCUUCCCUCCUCCAAUCACAAUGCAGGACCUUCCCCUGAAUCCCUCCUAUAUCUGUCAUCCUCAGUCAUUCCGUCACAUUAAAAUCACCUUUUCCUGUGUUUGUACCUGUUUAAUACAUGUUGUGUGUAUAGAUUUCUUUUCCUAGCUGUUGAUGUCUGCUGCUGUCUCAGAUGUUCCUUUUUUAUCUGUGUGUUUGCAUGAUUGUAUGUGCAUUUGUGAUGUUAUUCUGUAUGGUAUAGAAGAAAUAAGAUUAUUUAAAUCUGCAAGUAUUUUAUCACUGUCUGGCAUGUGUGAGGAAAAGCCAUUUAAGAAGCAAAAUUCUUAUUUAUUUUAGUGAUUAAUACCACAAAAUAUAAAUUGCACAAUUUCUCUCAGUUUUAAUGCAAAGUGUGUACUGUAUCUCACUGGACAGACAGAAUUGAUUCCCUUUUUUAGUAUUAUGCAUUGCAUAGGUGAUGUAGAUGGAUUGUUUUUUUGCUCUGAAAAUAAUGAAGGGAAUAAUUAUAUGAUGUGGUGCUCACUUAAGAAAUGCUUGUUUUUUAUAUUGUUUGGUAUUGUGUUUUUUACAUUUACUUAUUACUGUGUGUUUAUAAUAAGAAUAGUAAUUUUUUUUAGAAUAUACAUUUUUAAAUGGUUUAGUUUUAAUAAAUUAUAUUCGGGAAAAUCAACAACAUGAUCUGUGCCUUAGUGUCCUUAAAAUGCCUAAACUGAAUUGGACAGGCCUCCUUUUGGUAUAAGCCACUGCUAGUACUUACUGACUGUGUUGGUUUCCUCAAAAUAAGCUGCAAAUUUGUCAGAAUUUGCUCUGCACUCAGGUUUCACUGGUUUUGACUAAUAACCAUUGUUUUGAAUAGAAAUGGAUGGUGUUAGUGCAUGAACCAAAAUAAUUCAGCAAUUACAGUGUAUUUAUUAAAGACUUACACUCACU